UGAAACCACUGGCCUGGUUGAUUCACUGAGUUUUCUGGCUGAAUUCUAAACUGCAGGAAAAUAACACAGACACUUGUCAUGAAGCUGGUAACUGUCUUCCUGUUGGUGACAAUCAUGAUUUGCAGCUACUCUGCUACUGCCUUCCUCAUCAAUAGUUUGCCCCUUCCUGCCCCAGUUGACAAAGUGCUGCCUUUACCUCUGGACAAUGUCCUUUCCUUCAUGGAUCCAUUAAAGCUUCUUCUGAAAACUCUCGGCAUUUCUGUUGAGCACCUUAUAGAAGGGCUGAGGAAGUGUGUGAAUGAGCUGGGACCAGAGGCUUCUGAGUCUGUGAAGAAACUGCUGGAGGCCCUAUCACACUUGGUGUAACUGCAGGAUAAAGAAGAGUGAAGUUGAAGGAGGAUAAUUCUCCCAAAGUCCUGGAUAACCCCCAUUCCACUGAAUAACAGACUAAAUGCCCUAAAAUGUAGUGACCCCUGAAAAGAAUGAUUAAAGCAAUGAAUAGA